AUGGAACUGACCAACACUCAGCUCACAGCGCUAAACACGCUUUUGCCUCCUAAGUAUAAGCUCCUUCCUAUUAUUAAGAAAGAUACUAGACCGGUAAAAAUCUACUCAGCGCAAGUCCGAGGCUGACAAUUUAGAUUUUGAUGUGCGAUUUCAAGCUUCUGAUCCGGUUGAAAGGCCGACACGUGCCAAAAAAACUGUCUCAUAUGAAGAAGCAGACUUAGCCCCUAAGCAAGGAGAACCUUUCAGAAAAAUUUACAAAAUCCUACAAACGUUGAAGAAGCAUCCGAUGGCUGAGCCAUUCUUGGCGCCAGUUGACCCUGUGUUAGUACCUGAUUACCGAACAACGAUACAGGAGCCGAUGGAUUUAGGAACAGUAGAACAGAGACUUAAGAAUGGGGAAUAUGAAAGCGGGUAUCAAUUUGCAAUGGAUGUAUGCUAUUAUUAGAAAAUUUAAUAGUUUUUAUAUGAGGCAAUUAUUUAUUUUUUAUAAAAAAUAAGGGAGUGGUAGUAUUUUAUUAAUAUUUAGGGUUCUAUAUGAGAAUAAGGCUUAUUUGGAGCAAUUCUUUCUUUUACAACGCAAAAGGCUCGGAUUUAUACCAUAUGACUAUGGAGUUAAGCUCACUUUUUGAGAAGCUGAUGAAGGGAAAUGAAAGCUUAAUAUUGGUGGAAAAGCAAGAUAUUGUUCAAGAUUUAUAUAGAAAAAUAGAAAAAUUAUCAAAGGGGAUUAAAGAAAUCCAAAGCACAGGAACUACAAGUGCCAAGGUGCAAGUAAAGCAGCAGCCCCCGACUCCACAGCCAGAUAAAAUUAUUUUUUUAAAAUUAAAUAGGCAUAGGUUAAUAUUUAUUAACAGCCUAAUUUAUAUAGUGCUUAUAAAUAAGACUAUGCUCAUUAAAAAUAUAGUCAUUAUAAGCCAGCUUAUGACUUUACAAGAAAAAAAACUCUUAUGUCAGAACAUAAAAAGACUUGACCCCAAAUUUUUAAGAGGAGUUUUAGAUAUAGUCCAAGAAUGUAUGGACGUCCAAGGCGAAGAACUUGAAUUUGACAUUGACAAGCUUCCUUCCAAAGUCUGCAGAGAACUAGAAAAAUAUGUAAGAGGAUGCUUACAAAACCCAAAUAAACCUCAAUCAAGGAAAAAGCAAACCCCAGUCGUAGAAACUGCAAAACCUGCUCCAGAAACCACCACAAAUAGACUUAAAGACUUAGACAGCCAGCUCCAGCAAUUAGUACAACAAACAAGGAUUGAGCCACAAGCUCCAGCUCAGCCAGAAGAAUCCGAGUCUGAAAGUUCGUCCACAAGUGAAAGUGAUGAAGAAGACUUGCCUCAGCCAGGAAGAAAUAUUGGAGGUAAUCCGUUUAUGGACACUGAUAUUAUACCUUCUUCUAUGUGGGUUAAUCAUUUUCAAGAGAACAUUGACGUGGAUCAUGAUUUCUCAACUGGGACGUUCGGAGGACUGAUGGAUUUCGAUAAGACUCAUGAUUUAUUCAAAUAA